GGCGCUCAGCUCUUCUUAUCUCCGGACUAAUGUCUCCUGAGUAACCGAGCGUCAGUAAAAUGGAGGACCCAAAGCCCUGCAACGGGGUGGCGCUCACCGACAGACCGCAGUGGAGAACUCAUUGAUGUGGAUUAUUAAACAUUUAUUGUUCCUCACGUUUAAUCACCACGUCCGUGUUAACAACAGCCGGUGAGUGAGCCGCAGAAGAGGGAGGCGUUGUUCGCUGUGAUUCAGUCCGAAGCAGAGCUGGCUGGAAGUUAACGACGAGUAAGGAGAAUCGUUGAAGGAUGGAUGAAUUUUCCAUGAUAGGCCGGUGCGGUCAGCCCAACCCGGUCCGAGCGGGGUGGCUUCAUUCGGUGUAAAAAAAGAAAAAGAAGAAAAGCCGUUUGCUUCUAUCUGGCUAUACUCGUCCUUGAGUUGAACCAUGUCUGCGUUUUGCCUCGACCUGAGCACGUCUGGCGUGGCUUCAGCACCACUGGAGUUGGACAGCGACUCCAUGGAUCCGUGCUAUAAACCCGCAGCUCACGAACACGGAAGCGGCCCGGCUCGCCCGCUGCACCAUGCCGGCUCCGGAGGCCUUGGCGUGGCGUUGGAGGAGGAACUGGCCAUGCUCAGCGAUGAGCAGGAUAUAGCGGGAGAGCUCUCGUUGGACCAGAACGCCGACUUGCUGUCUCUCUUCCGCCAGAAGGAAAAGGAUUUGGUGUUAGCUGCCAAACUGGGCAAAGCUUUACUAGAAAGAAACCAAGAUUUGACGAAGCAAUAUGAAAAAAUGCACAAAGACCUCAACAACAAAUUAGAGCACUUGGAGCAGGAGAAGCAUGAGUUGCGUUGGCGUCUGGAAAAUCGAGAGGGGGAGUGGGAGUGCCGCGUAGCCGAGCUGGAGUCCGACGUCCAGCAGCUGCAGGGAGAACUGGAGCAACAUCAGGUCCAGCUGAGGGAGGCGGACAAGGACAAAACUAAGGCCAUCAGUGAGCUAUCUGAACAAAACCACAGGUUGCUGGAACAACUUAGGAGGGCUGCAGACGUGGAGAGGCAGCUAUCCACUCAGGUGCAUUCCUUACGGGACGACUUCAGGGAGAAGAGUACGUCUACAAGCCAGCACAUGACACGACUAGAAACGCUCCAAGCUGAAAUUACGAUGCUGUCGGAGAGGAAGAUGGAGCUGGAGCGGCGGGUGCAUGCCAUGCUGGAGGAGAACGAAGUGCUCAAGAAUACUGUGGAAGACCUCAGAGAUAGGACGUUAGUGCUGGAGAAGCAGUGUCACGAAAAAGACCUACAGUUGCGGCAGAGUCAAGUGGAGCUUCAGGAAGUUCAGUUGUCGCACAGGCAGCUAACGUCUCGGCUAGAGGAGCUAACGGAGGAGACAAGCCUCCAUAGCCUCACCCCCCACCAGUCCAGCCUGAUGUGCGAGAUAGAACAAAGCAUGGAGCAAGAGGAGCAGGAGCAGGAGCGGGAGCAGCUGCGUGUUCAGUUGUGGGAAGCUUAUUGUGAGGUGCGCUCGCUGUGCUCCCAUCUUCGAGGGAACGAUGUCACAGACUCGGCGCUAUCCACAGAUUCUUCCAUGGACGAAUCCUCGGAGACAUCCUCUGCCAAGGAUGUGCCAACUGGGAGCCUUCAUGCCAGCUUGCUAGAACUACGCAGACUAACACAGAACCUGCUAGAUGGCAAUGAGUCAACGGGUUCUCGGCGCAGUGACGAGGAAGCUCUGGAGGAACAAGUGAAGAAGAUGGGAGAAGAGCUGAGAGAAGUUCGGGAGCUGUAUGAAGCUGAGCAGGACAAGACGCACAAUAGUAAAGAGGAGUUGCUACAGCUGCACAAUCAGAUGGCGCUGCUUUCAGUAGAAAUAUGUUCCCUCCAAGAGGAAUCGGAGCGGAUGAGGACCAUGGCGGAGGUCCGAGAACCCAGCGAGCAGCUCCAGAGUGCCAUUAAAGACAGAGAUGAUGCCAUAGCCAAGAAGAAGGCAGUGGAGAUGGAGCUGGCCAAGUGUAAAAUAGACAUCAUGUCUCUGAAUAGUCAGCUUCUGGAUGCCAUCCAGCAGAAACUCAAUCUGUCACAGCAGCUGGAGGCCUGGCAGGACGACAUGCACAGAGUGAUUGACCAGCAAUUAAUGGACAAGCACCAGGAUGAGUGGCGCACCACCCCAUCCUCCGCGUCCAGGUCGUCCAGAGCUCCCGGAACUCAGUCCUCCAGACGAGCUCUCCGCCUCUCCGACCGGGACCGAAGACUUUUCUCUUUUUUCAAAAAGAACUGAGCACAGGAAACAGAAGCAACAACAGAUUGCGUGAAGAAGAAAGGGUGACAUAACAACACACGACGCAGCCAAAGACAAGGCAGUGGGACACACACACACACACAGUGGUUUGGAGAGCUUGGUUUGUACUUUGCACUUUAUCUUUCCCAAUGCUCCUUGUCUAAUUUUGAUGAUUGGCUCCCAAUGCCACACACAGCAGAUCUUCUUCUAAAAGGCCACUUGCAGGACAUGAUCAGGGUCCAAAUGUUUACUUCUACUGAGGAAGGUUUCCUUGUAGUGCCUCUGACCCGUCGCUUCUUCCCACUGCCGAGCCUGUUAGGAACUUAAAUGCUGCAGCAAUGGUCACUGUUUGCACCCAUCGUGUCCGGCUAAUGACACAUAUGUUCGCCAUAGCGGAGCAGCUGGAUCAUGGUGGUGCUUCCGUGACAGCACCCAAUAGUUCAUUCAGAAAUGUUAGAACUCAAAGCCACUCCAAUUUCUGUUUUACAUUGGAAAAAUAUGAAGGCAAGCCACCAAACAAAAAUAUUCCAAAACGUGUAUACAUACAGUGAUCCCCGGCCUGGCAUAUUUGUGGUUGGGCAUUCAUUCAGCUAUUUGUGGAUUCUUGGGGUUGAAACAUGGUAUUUGCUAAAAACCUCAGGCCAAAGCUCAUGUAUAAAUAAAAAAAUAAAAUAAACUGCUUUGGUACCAUCCUAUGGCAUUUUGAAGCCAAGGAACUAUGUUGAAGUGAGGAGAGGAGCUUCAUUUUCAGACCACUGCCUUUUCUAAUCAAAAUAAUUUGCCACCAUCUUGAGGCAUCUAAAGGCAAUGGGUGGACAUUGAAUAGUGAUUUGCUGUGAAAGUGGGGGUUCCCCAUAUAUCCUAAUAAUCAUGAUCCCCUCUCAGUUUACUUGCUCAGCAUGAAAUCUGGUAAUCAAAACAAAUCCCAUCCUUCUAUUGUAUGAAUAGCAACAGGGAUGGGCAACCUAAAAGUUGCAGGGGCCACAAUUUCUCAUUAGUGCUAAUGUAUAGGGCCACGCGCUUCCUAACCAGAAUAAAUGACAAAAAUGCCAUUUCAAAUAAGGAGAACAUGUCUGCAAGCAUCGAAACAUACCUUACAAUAUUUUCAUACUCAAAUGCAUCCACACAUCAACUACAAAGACUUUGAAACAAACCAAGAAUAACCACAUACUGUUUUUUUUUUAUUCUCCCCCAGGCAUCAAAAAUUCCCAUUCCAACAAAAGCUGUGUAGUGAUGGCAAAACGAAGCUUCGACUUUGCUUCAUGAACCAGUUGAUGUACUUUUUGAAUCCUCUCGGUGAAAGAAAUGACAAAUCAGUGUGCUUUUCAGGCCAAUGUAAAACAGAGUGCCAUCUAGAGGCGUCAAAAAAUACAACUUGUUCAUGAAGCAAACUUGAAUUCAUCGCUACUUCAACCUGUACUAAUUGCCAAAAAUCCCUUUGUGCAUGUUUUGGAAAAUAAAUGAACUCGCGUAUGGUGUAUCUCUCUCUAUAUAUCAAGAUAGAGAGAAAGAAAGAGGUUCUCCGGCCCAAAUUUGGCACAUUUGGGGGGUGCUGCUAUCUGGUGGUGAAAACUCUUAUUACAAUUUUAAACUGAUCAGCUCCAUUUUUGUUUUCUAAAAUGAAUCAAGGGCCACUCUGAGUGUCGAUGGGGCGCCAGUUGACCAUCCCUGAUUUAAGUGUAUUAUUGGCCAUCUAGUGGAAGAGAAUUGAAUUUUCUGCCUGUCGUUGUACACAGUAUGGAUGGGGGGAAAAAAAGUUUUCGUAAAUAAUCAUUUUUGUGAAAACCAAUCAAACUGGGUUUUUUCCUGCGGCACACCUGAUGAUCUCUCUCAAGGUACCGGUUGGGAAGCUCCACAAAUUAUUUUCUCAUUAGCACUACUGCACUUUGUCCUUUUCUGUCCUUUGAUUGACCUACAUUUACGAUGACAAAACUUCCAACCAAGCUUUGUGUUAACCUGCUACAAGACAAACAAGGCAGAACAGUGCUAUCCUUGGUGGAGCGAAUCCAAACAGGUUCUUCUUCAGCACUUUAGCUUGGCUACUUUCCAUUGUCAGUACUCAAAGGGAGGCUCUGAUGUUGGUCUGUAUGAACCUGUGAGUUUCAUAUCCCCAAUCAUGUAUUUAUUGAUGAGAAGACACUCUUCUCGAAUUAUUUGAAACAUUUUCCUAGGUAACCAAAUUCGUCCAAUGUUUACAUGAGUGUGAGAAGGGGGACAACAAAAUGUUACAUUUCAUAUCAAGGAAAGACCCUACAUAGACUGUACUAUUUUUUUAGGGCGGGGCGGGGCGUGGGAGUCUACCUCCAUCCUCACUGCUUCAAUACUUUAUGAGCACUUUGAGUUCUUACUAAGCUGUUGGGCUUCCGUUGAGGUGAUGUGAAUGUCUAUGCGCUACCGUGUUCCUCUUUGUCCAUGUGUGUGUAAGAGUGAGUUUGAGCCGCGAGCUCAAACAGCUGUGCAAAACCUAUGCAGACGUCAUCUCAUCUCAGGCGGUUGUUUGAGGGAGAAACCCAAAGAAGGAUUUCUUUAUUUUUAAGUAUAUAUAUAUAUACUUAAUUAUAUUUAAAAACAAAAAGGUCUCGUUAGGUCUGGAUGAAGUGAAUAUUUCUAAAGAGAAAAUCUAUAUUGUUUCAACAACAAAAACAAUUAUGUAAAACUUUUUUUUCUAAUGUUUUCUGUUUCCUUGAGGGACUGAUGAUUUGCAGAAAGAGGAACUAUAGUCACAAUCAUGGCCUCAUAAAAUGUAAUAUUUCAAUACCAAUCCGAAUGAUCCCAAUCAUUUUAGUCAUUGGCCGCCAUUCAAUGUUUAUUCGAAAGAAAACAUUGACAUUAAAAGUGUCAUGUCAACAACUCAAUUCAUUAUUAUUCUGUAUUUGGCUGCUGAUUUCAAAAAUGUCUACUUUUCUAUCGCAUUGGGUUGUUUGAGCUAUCUUCAUGUUUGUGUUUGACCUAUAAAACCUUGUCGAAUACGGUGUUUAUCAUGCAUGGUAAUUUACAGCUAUGACAUUUUAGAAAAGCAAAUCCACCUGUUUCUGAACCAAACCCUUAAUUCGUGACUAUUACUAAAUACACUACUGCUAGUAUAUCGUAAUGUUAUGAUUAUUAUUAAAGCUUGAUGUGCGAUCGAAAAAAUGAGGGCAUAUUCGGAAUGACCCAAAAAAAAUUCCUCUCAAUAACUUAACUUGCAUCUCUGAUUGAAUAAUUUAAAAAAGAAUGUUAGCCAAUUUUUUUUUUUUUUUUUUUGGACACAAGUUGUUUUUCUAAAAGCUGACUGCUUAGGUCAGGCCCUGAAUUCUUCCUCUGUGAACAAAAGAUGCUUGUUGACUUCCUUGAGUCAGCAUGUGCAUUGAGGUCAAGGUGCUCUGAGUACACGUGUGUGUGCUGGGAAAUAAGAAAGAUUAGCAGUGUGGAAGUGAAUAGCGAAACAGCGAAUCACACUGGAAUAAAAGAAAAAAAUAGCUCAAAGUUGAAUGUAAUUUGCGCUACAAUCAUCCUGCAUUGUUUGUUUUUUCAUUAGUUUUUUUUGUCCUUUUUAACUUUUUUUAAGUUUUAGUGUGCUAUGCUAAUGGUGUGAUGUAAUGUUAGUGGUUCAGAAUGACAAUGGUAGCAUCAUCCUUAUGGAAUACUGGUUUCUGUCUGCUCUGUUUAUGUUGAUAAAGCCAUUCAUAAUAACUCUAUAUGAAGAGUGCCUUAUUAAAAAAAGAAAAAAAGUGCACUGUUUUUGAUGGUCAUGUAUGUUACAAUACAUUGAACAUUUGACAUCGGGUGGAACAUUCAAAGAAUAAAUGCCAGUCACUCUUG